GCCUUCAAUACUGCAACUUCCUUUACAGAUUUUUCUUUAUAUAAUAAUUCACACAUUAUUUACGGACUCUGGUUGCCUCAAGUGACCAAGAAAAUGCCCGUGCCCGGCGUGGCUAGACAGUUUGUGAUGGGCCCUCCUAGAGAGCCCACCAAUGAAGAGUGUGGCAUUAGAGAGGUAUGGAAGAGCAACUUGGAGGAUGAGUUUGACAGCAUCAGACAAGUUGUGAAACAUUAUCCUUAUGUUGCAAUGGAUACUGAAUUUCCUGGAGUUGUGGCAAAGCCCAUUGGCGAGUUUGUAAGCAAUGCAGACUUCCAAUACCAGUUGCUGCGCUGCAAUGUGGAUUUGCUCAAAAUAAUUCAACUUGGCCUCUCAUUUUUUGAUGAAAAUGGCAAACCAGCACCAGGGAUAUCCACAUGGCAGUUCAAUUUUGAGUUUAAUUUGACAGAGGACAUGUAUGCUCAAGAUAGCAUAGACCUGCUACAGAACUCAGGCCUAAAUUUUGAGCGCCAUCAAAAGGAAGGCAUUGACCCUGUCUCCUUUGCUGAGCUGCUCAUGACUUCUGGUGUGGUAAUCUUGGAUGAUGUCAGGUUCCUGUCUUUCCACAGUGGUUAUGACUUUGGAUAUCUUAUAAAGCUGCUGACCAAUCAGAACUUGCCUGCAGAAGAAAGCAAAUUCUUUGAGGUGCUAUACCUUUAUUUUCCUGUCAUCUAUGAUGUUAAGUACCUGAUGAAGUCGUGCAAGAACCUGAAAGGGGGGCUGCAGGAGGUGUCCGAGCAGCUGGAAUUGGACCGCAUCGGCCCCCAGCAUCAGGCAGGCUCCGACUCCCUGCUUACAGGCGCGACAUUCUUCAAAAUGAGAGAGUUGUACUUCGAAGGCAACAUUGACAAUGAGAAGUACUGCGGCCACCUGUACGGGCUGGGCACGCAACACGUCCAGAACGGCAACGACAACGGGGCGAGCACGAGUCCCCCUAUUGGGGGUCAGGUGGGGGGGUCAGCGCUCCCUAACAACAACACAGCAACUCCAACCAACGCUGACGGCGCUGACAUCGCAGCGCCAGGAGCUGAUGGCAACAACAUAGCGCUCGAGGAUGGCCAUGAUAAAUAAAUAUUCUCUCAAUGAAAGAAAUUAUUAUGAAAUUCUGGGGUGUUGUUGACGUGUGCAAAUACUGGGAUUCCAGAUCCUAUUUUAAACAGAAUUUUUUGUCAUUCAAUAAUGGGGAAUUUAAAUGUCAUUGGAUUAUAGGACUGGUUUUAUACUUAUCAGUAUUAAAGGUGUGGGAAGAGUACAUAUUUCUGAUUUAUUCCCUGAUUUUAUCAUCUUAAAUUUUUCCGAUGCCCGUUUCUUGCGACAAGCAUUUUGAUCUCAUCUAAUUUCCCUGAGUUUGAGUUAGCAAUGGCUUCUUCUGGGACAUUUGUCCAAUUGUGACCCCUAGAUGUCGGCAGGUGAAGGGAAAUGAAUUGCUUUCACAUUAUUUUGUGACGAUGUAUCGUCUGAGUUCUCAUUCAAAUCAAAUGGUAAAAUAUUUCAGGCGUUGCCAGUGUAUGUCGUAUGAAGUUAUAUUUCAUGAAUCAUAUAUCCAUGAGCUACGUAAUUCGCUAAUUUUUUACUGAAUUUGAAGUUGGAAGUGACUCAUUCUUUGUUCAUUCAGGUUUACCCAAAAUGAUGAAAAAUAAAUCCCGUUCUCAUCUAUUCCCAUUCAUUCACUGUGGUUGUUUUGUGUUCCAAAUAAAUUGUGAUGUAAUUAGGCAUCUCUUUAGUUCUUCAUUCCUGCUAGCUGUUAUUCAUACUGCUAUGCAUCAAUCGUCUCUGAACCGUUGGCUAAGUAAAUCCAAUCUUAAUAAA